UUGGUGGCUUCUCGCGCAGGCGUCCAAGGGCCGGAGCCAAGUAGGCCGCGGGGCUUUUUGUCAAGGAAACGCCAGUGUUUACGGCUGUUGAGUCCUCCUCUGCUCCCAUCGCAACCGCCUUUUUUUUUUUUCCGUAGAAGACUUGCAGGUUUUCGUUGCCCACGUCUCGUUCCAGCCAGGCGAAGAAUCAUGCCUGUACGCUGGAAGGGAUUAAGUGAGUACAAAAGAAACUUCAAAUGGAAGCAGUCAGAACAGCCUAUACACUGCAAUUCUACACAUGGACAAAAGUGCCAAUGGGCUGGCCUUCGAUCAGAUGAAUUUGGGAUCACAAGAGAACCAAAUUUUAUUUCCAAGAGAAGAGUGCCUUAUUAUGACACACAAAUUUCAAAAUCUUUUCAAUGGAAUGGAGGUAAUAGCUUGGAGAAAGAUGCAUUAUCAGAAUUGGAAGUCAAUGAGCCAGUCGAAUUGCACAAAACCAACAGCAAGGAUGUUGAACUGAAUAAGGACCCAAUUGAGACACCGGAUGCACCUAGGCUUCCUGAAAAACUGCAUCUCAACUCUGCAGGAUCUGGGCCUGAAUCAACUGAAGCACUUAGAAGAAGCAAGAAGUCAGUGCCCCAAACUCCAGUGCAUGAAAAUAAAAUAUUAGCAUCUACCCAAAAAGAAUUAGGAAAAACAGAUCAUGGGCUCAACAGAGUUCUACAGAGGAGGGCAGGCAUGAAUAUUUCACGAUCAAGAAGCUUCCCUAGAAGUUCUGAGUAUCAAAGAGAGUUUGUUUGGAAAACCCCACAGAAGCUUUCUCCGGUCCUUGCAGCAGAUCAGUUUAUUCACAGAUCAAGUCAAUCCAUUCCCCCAUUUAAGUCUCCUGUUAUUAUCCCUGAAACUGAAUAUGAAAGGAAUUUCAAACCUUCAUCCUCUAUAAAACAAUUGAAACAAUGCUUUCUGGAAGAGAGUGAAUGUCCUAGAUCUGAAUCAGUGUCCUCUGGAGAAAAGAAUGAAAAAAAUAAAAACACUUCAAAGACCCCAGAAAAUUCAUUAAAACAAAAUGAAUUAGAAACAAAACAGAAAGAAGAAAAACAGAAACAGAAGUUGCUGUGUUCACGCAGAUGUUUUAAGAAAAUGAACACAGAAUAUAGAUCGAAAUUCUUGUCUCCUAGUCAAUACAUCUAUAAACAAGGAGCCUGGGUUCAUGUCAGAAAAAAUAUACCUUAUCAAGGUUCUCAAAAUACCCUAAAUACCAUGUGGUAUAUGGAGGUGAGAGAACUUCGAGAAAAAGCAGAAGCUUAUAAGCAGAGGAUACAAGGAACUCACUUUUCCAGAGAUCAUUUAAAUCAAAUCCUGUCAGAUAACAAUAGACUCUGGGAUUUGUCCUCUGAAUCCAGUGUGGAAGAAACUAUGAGCAACAAUAUCAGAGCGCUUGACUUAGCAGGGGUCCCUGAAAACAAACUAUCUUCAGGUCUUAAAAUAUUGGCACAAUCUGCACAGUUGCAGCAAAAUAACAUUGGAAAUUUAGGUGUAUCAGAUGCUUCUAUUAUUCCUGUCAAGCGAUGCCUAGUUUGGGAUGAAUCACAUGAUGAUGAGCAACAAGAAGAUACAUCACCUAUAUUAGGAGAAUGCAAAGAAAAAGAAAAGCAAGAAACUGAUGAAGUUAAAGAAGUGGGAGAAAAUGGCAAGGAUGCCAGUAUAGACAAACAGCAAAAUUCUUCAGAAGGCAAGGCAGAUUCUUCAGAAGUUUUAAGAGCAUGUGGUAGGCUUCCAACUCCACAACUCAAAACUCUUGGUGGAAUUCAAAGAACACAUCAUGAUCUGACAACCCCAGCUACAGGAGGUGCUAUUCUAGUAUCUCCUCAGAAAGGGAAGCAUACAUCCUUACUGCAAAUAGAAAAGGAAUCUUCAGAAAAGCAGUCUUUGGCAAAUAGUCAAGUUUCAAGAGAACAAAUAAAAGGAAAAACUAACAGGGGUGAAGAAAAGACUGUGACUAAUUCCCCAGCUGCAGGGCUAAAAACUUUGGAUCCUUUGCCUCUACGAACAGAUCAGUACUCCAAUCAAGAUACUUCUGGUACAAGAAACGGUGCAACAUCAGUGCAUUCAGAGCAGAUGCCUACAGUGUCAGAAAGAAAGCUGGCUAAGGGUUCUGCUGUACCUUAUUGGAGUCCAUUGUGUCGCAUUCAAGGAAGUCUCCGGGAUCCAGAGUUUCAGCAUAAUGGUACUAUUGCAAGCCCCAAAAGGAGCUGGUUACAGUUACCCCUUCAGGAGAGAAACUAUCAUGAUGAAGAUGAUGAUGACAGACUGUCCCAGUUGUCUGCUCGAUCUGCUGCUUCUGGUUCUCUUGCAGCUCAGGUUCUAGAACGAGCUCAAAGAAGAAAAGAAAAUUUCUGGGGCAAGAUGUGAUUGAAUUUUGCUGUGCUUGUAAUUUGUUUUAUAGUAGGGUAUUUUAACUUUUGCUAGAAAAAAAAUGUUAAAUCCCGAGGGUUUUUUUUUUACCAAUAAGGGGAAAGGAUCUGAUUUAAGAAUGCUGCAUAUUCAAAUACUCUUUUUUGACUUGGUUUAAUACUCAAGUACUUGAUUUGAAAUAUCAACGUAUCCAAAAUAUGCAUUCUACCUCACUCUCAAAAAAGCAUUACAAACAAAUAGACUACAUCAUAAGGUAUUUUUACUUAAUGAAUUCCAAAGGGCUUCAUAUCACUUUUAAAAAGCAGUGAAAUGGUGCCAUAUUAUAAGUUUCAAGAAGUCCUUGAUCUUAUAACAGAAAUGCAACAUUAAACAUAACCAAUGAAAAAGUUAUGUGAAAGCAAAAAAAGAUGAAACAACUAUAAAGGAUUAUUUGUGUUAUUCUUAUAUUACUCAGCAAGCCUAAAUAUUUUUUUUAGAAAUCUUCAUUCAUUACAUAUAUAUAUAACUUUUAGUUGGAUUAUUUAUUAUUAAUCUCUGUGUUCCAGCAUGGACCAUCAGUUUUUAUUUUUGAUAGAUCAAAUACAGUUUUUUUAAAUUCUACAAUACUAAACUAACUUUGCCCAAUUGGAUGAUCUUUCAAGAUCUCAAGACUCCUAUACUUCCCAGCCAUUAGGACCAAUAGCCAUGUUGUGGGGAAUUCUGGAAAUUAUAGUUUAGAAAAUUUGGGGAGAAACCAAGUAAGGGAAAUUUUUAAAGCAGUUUCUAUUAUGAAGUUAUCAUGAACAAUACAGUCACAAAUAUUACCGUCAUAAUCAAUUUUCAAAUAAUUACUUUGGCAUUUCAGUAUUGCCCACCAUUCUCCUUUACCUCAAUAUUUAUAUCAUGAUGACUAGCUUAAAACUGAAGUCUAUUGCAUUUCAGAUUGUAAUAUUAACAUGACUUAAAUAAUAGAGCACAUGAGCAUGUAUUACUUGUGUGAUAGUUCAAAAUUUCAGAGAAGAUGCAUUCUUGGCAAUCCAUUUUCUUGAGUUUAAAUCAUAAGCUAGCCUUAGAUUUUGUACAUGAGAAUCAUUAGCCAAACUUAAGAGUAAAAUUUGUUUUAAAUAUUAUGUUUAGGGACUACUAAUUCUUCCCCAAACUCUGGUAAUUUGAUAAAGCUGAAUUAGGGAUAUGGUUCCCUAGCUGUUGGAUACCAAGUUUCAUAAUUUGUAGUCAGUGUGACUAUUGGUAAGAGAAAUAUUUGAAUCCAGGAAGUUCUAGAAGCAAUAUAUUUUUGGUCUUAUACUUUAAUAAUUCAGAAAUUUUCUUGAUGUAAUUAUUGCAUUAUUGUAAAAUAUAGUUUUAAAUUAGAAUGAAAAAUUAUAGUUAAAUAUGCCAGAUAUAAUUAGUUAUUUUCACAUAUACUAUUAUUAUAUUAAAAAGAUAGGAUUUGUGCAAAAACCUUUGACUUUUCUGUAAUAUUUUAAACUUGGUUAGAUUUGUGUGAUAGGAUUGUACAUGCUUUAAAAUUGAGUAAUAUUUUUGUAUACCAAAAAAAUCUUAAUUAGAAAUGUUUAUAUCUGUGCCACAUUUUCAUGUUUCUUGCAGUAUCAUUGUUUUAAAAUAAAUUUCAGUUAAUUCAACAUUUUGUUUUAUUUUAAAAGACAUAUUCAUACUAUGUACUAAUACAUUUAAAUUGUAUUGAAACAUUUCGAGAAACAGAAAAUCUUGGUGUCUUCAUUUGCAUAUCAAUCCAGAAAUUAUGUGUAGGUCAGAUAAUUACAUUUUCAACUCUGCAAAAAUCAAUUUUAUGAGAUAGGUUUAGUUGAGGAAGAAAAUCAUACAGGAAUUUUUCAGUCAUUACUUCAUUUUGUUAAUGUUCAUAUAACAAGUAAUGACUGAAAAAUUGCUGCUGAACCAUUCAGUCUGGUUUAUCUGAAAAUGAUCCCAACUGAUUCAUUAAUGUAACAAAUUGAUUAUCUUUGGAAAUUUUGGUCUUUCACUUUGGGUCCAAACAAAGCAAUUGCUUAUUUUGAAUACAAUAAAUGAGGGUUUUGCUUAUUUAAUUCUGUCUGCCAAACAGAAUGAGUGUACCAUUUUCUUAGCGCAGUGUUCCUGGAAAUAUUUAUGUAUUCAGAUUUCUGGCACUCCUGCCUGUAUUUAAUCUCUCUAAUUUGAAUGAAUAUAUUACAACCCAGAAAUGUGGUUAUGACAUAGUUGCUGCAUUGUAGCAUUGAUAAUCAUUCCAUAUUCUGGAAAGUUAGAAGAGGGGAUUACAUGAUUCCUGGACACUGCAACAGUCAUAAAUAUGAGUUGUCAAGCAUUCAAAUGUAAAUCAUGUGACCAUGGGAAAGCUACAACAGUUGUGUGA